AACGAUGACGACACGUGUAGGUACAGAGAAGAUUCCUAAUAUUAUGCGCAUGCGCCAAGUUACCGAGUGUCGCCCAUAGACAGUUUACCACAGGUCCUUUCGCCAUGGCUGACAAAAAGUGGCCAGACUGUGCAAAGAAUCUGAAAGGUGUCAUUUUGGACAUGUGUGGUGUUUUGUACGACGCAGGGGAGGGUGACGGUGUCGCCAUACCAGGUUCAGUGGAAGCUGUGAGGAAGCUCAGGACAUCUGACCUGCAGCUCCGCUUCUGCACCAAUGAGACGCAGGCCAGCAGAGAGAAGUUCGUUGCCAAACUGGGAAGACUGGGUUAUGACAUCUCCGUAUCUGAGGUCUUCUCUCCUGCACCUGCAGUCGUGGCUGUCCUGAAGGAGAGAGGGUUACGGCCCCACUUGCUGGUUCAUGAUGGAGUGCUUCCUGAGUUUGACACCGUUGACAAAAGCAACCCAAACUGUGUGGUGAUUGGAGACGCAGCUGAAGCGUUUACCUACAAGAACAUGAAUGAUGCUUUCAAUGUCCUUACAUGGCAGAAGAAGCCAUUGCUGAUCUCUAUGGGCCAAGGGAAAUACUACAAGGAGACAGAUGGUUUGAAACUAGAUGUUGGUGCUUACACGAAGGCUCUGGAGUAUGCCACUGAUUCAAAAGCUGAAGUGAUUGGAAAACCUUCCCCAAUGUUCUACCAGACUGUUCUCACUGACAUGAAGUUACACUCACAUGAGGGGCUGAUGAUCGGCGAUGAUCUGGUGAGCGAUGUAGGCGGAGCCCAAAACUGUGGAAUGCUUGGUGUACAAGUCAGGACUGGAAAGUACAGGCCCAGCGACGAGAAUCACCCAACGGUGAAGGCAGACGGCACUGUGGACAACCUGGCCCAGGCUGUGGACAUGAUCUUAAGUCAAAGGUGCUGAGUAGAAAGCACUGGACACUGCAGACUCUUCCCUUAAUUUGAACUGAUACAGGAAGGUGCACAAUAUAAUUUUAAUAUAGUUCUGUAGUGUUGUUUCCAAUGGGGAGGGUGUACAAAGCAGUAUAAACUGAAAGAACCCUCAUAAACUGCAUAUCCUGUAACUGUCACAACUCAUUAUACUGUCAAAUAUGAAAACACCCUCCCAUCUGUUGCUCCUCAAAGUGCAAAACAAUUAGAUGUGAAGAACUAUAAGCCAGGUGUACGAGACACAGUCCUGAACACUUUACAGCAGCGACGUGCCUUUUUUUUUUAGUACAUGACUGUCAUAGAUAAGAUACCUCAAGCUGACAUGAAUGUGCCUGUAACCAGCUGCUGACUGACAGUUAAAAUAAGGAAGAGUGCUUCUGUGUGUAAAAGCACCCUGAUAAUGUUACAUGGUUGGAUUCUUUGUGCAUAUGAAAGCAGUUUGCAGCCAAACUAUGGAUUACCUGUUCAUCAUAUUCCCAUGGAGGCCUCUGACGUCAUGCUAAGGGUGAAAAGCUCAAAUGCUGUAAUCACAAAGAUAACGAUCAGUUGCUGAGUGCUAGAAAUGGACAAUUCUUUGUCAAUUUUUAGCUUUUUUUAGAUUGAUCAGCAGCUGAAAAAAGUUAUGGAUAAUGGUACAUUAGUACAAAAAAAAAACAUGAUUAAUAAACAAUUACUAACAAACAACAGCUAAUGUGUUAAGGCUGAUUUAUACUUCUGCAUCUCCCCUACGCAGCAGUGGUCGACGUAGACAUGAGCGCCACAUACUUGUGCGUCGAUGUCUCCGUGUCGCGAAGCAAUUCACCUCCGAAACCCUUGAGGGCAGUGUGGUCUCUCUGAUAGCUGGUCGCCUGCUUCCGGCCCCUCUAUGAUCUCGGUUUACUUUUCCACUGCGAUUUAGAGCGUGUUAUGUUAAUCUACAGCUGAUACAUGUUGCUGUUUAUCAUACAGAUAUGAUUACAUGAAGAAUAGAGAGGAGGAGAUGAAAUACACGGCCAAUGUGCGGACCAAUCACAGGGCUUGCGGUCCUUGUCGAUUCUACGCGUAGUUACAUUUUGGAGGAGGUGCACGUCAGCUACAUGCGUAGGCCUCUGCGUAGGUACGGGAGCAACGCGAACCCCCGGCAUAGGCUACAACGUCGAUUCGAUUCAGAAGUAUAAAUCAGCCUUAACAGCUAGUUAAACUGACCAGCGGUUAAAGACAACAGCUAUUGGUAACUUAAACAGCUUACUGUUAAACUGUAAGCUACGUUCACACUACAUCUAUCAUUGUCUUCAACUAUUGUCAUAUAGCUGUUAGAAUGUUAGCUGCUUUGAGACAAUAGCCAUCAGCUUAAACAACCACCUUUCUAACUGCUAGACUCUUUACUACUUUCAGACAACAGCUGUCAUUAGCAUUGUACAACAUUCUAGCUAACUGUAAUCCUGUAAGCUACUAUUAGACAACAGCUAUAGAUAUCUUUAGCAGAUUCCUAGCUUACAGUUUGAAUGUUAGCCGCUUUUAGACAACAGCUUUCAUUAGCUCAGACAACUUCUAUCUUAGCUUACUGCUUAACUACUUGCUACACAAAGUUAAAAUCAGCGUUAACCCACUUCCUAGCCAACCAUUAGACUGUUAGCUACCUUAUGAUAAUUGCUAACAUUAUUAAGUAAACAACUUCCUUGCAAACUGUUUCACCGUUAGCUGCUCUGAGAAAAUAGCCAACAUGAAGCACAGAUAGAUAUAUAGACAGAGAGAUAGAGAGAUAGAGCUUUAUUGUCUGCCCCAGAUGGUGGCAGACAUUCUUCUUUGACAGGUCUCAAACAGGUGCAUACACUUCACAAUAAAGACAAAAACAGAAACAAGAACAUAUAGUUGAAACACAUACUAAAGACAAGCAUCCAUAUACAUAAACAGCAACAGGCUGCAGUGCUUAUUUUCAACUGUCCAGGGUGGUUAUGGCAGAGCUUAGCAGUUUGAGCUUGCACUCUUUGUACCUAGGCUUUAGUUCUUGUCGCAGUAGUCGCUAGUUCACUUCUGGUUACAGUCAUCUGCUACAUGUCUACCCACACUCUCUACUCCCCACAUUUCCUGUGUAUCUUCUACUUUCAUAUCAGUCAAGGCAAAAAUGCCCCCCAAAAAUACAUUAAAUACAAUUUAUUUUAAAAGCUGACAUUAGCAUUAAACAACUUUCUAGUUCAAUGUUUUACACUUUGACAGUGUUCCAUGACACAGGGAAGAUGAGGUGUUUGACUUUCUUGCUUAACCCUCCUGUUAUGUUGCAGGUCAAUUUGACCCAUUUUAAAGUUAAAAAAUCUAAAGACAAAUGUUAAAAGUAUUUGUUCGGUAUAAAACUUCUUCUGCUUGGCUUAAUUAUUGCAAUCAAUAUACAGAAUAAUUGAUCAACAUCACUUCAAAAAAAAUAAAAAUAUAGAAAAUAAAAUGCUAAAUAAAAUUAACAAAACUCCAAGUCAUGUAAAACUAUUGUAGUUAUAUUUAGGUCUUUCCAAUGUACAUUUAACAUUAAUUUUCAUAAAAAAACGAGUGAGUUAUCCUCAUUGAACCAUGAUCUGUGAGAAUUAAAAAACACCAUUGCACUAAAUAUUGAUUUAAAUGGUUAGUAAUGGAGUCAAUAAUGAGAUUAAAAAAAAUGUUUAUUGGGAUUUUUUGGGGUUCUGACUUUGAAUCAUUAAAUAUGCCCCGGGUCAAAUUGACCCCGGAACAUUAAUGCUGUCCCUAAGAAACGAAAAUAAUAGGAGGGUUACAUAAAUGUUGCAAACGUUUGUGUUGACAUUUCAGGUAUUUUAAAUUUUCUCUCUAAUGUAACAUGUUAUCAAAGAGCCAUGACAACAUUAGCUCUGGUAUAUCAGUAGCUAAUGAUUUAUACUGUCUUGCUUGGAAAUAAGUCCCAGUGUUCCCCUUGGUUGUUACCAUUCAUUGUUUUUGGCUCCUAAUAAAUCAUUGAGUGAUAGAAUAAUAAAUAAUCUUCAGUCUUCUGUACAUUUAAACAGCUUUCAACUUGAAACAUAGCAGUAAAACAUCUGUGGUGGAUUGGAACUUGGCUGAUGUAACACAAACUGAUAUAAUUAAUGACUAUGUCAGAAUUUAAUAUUGUUUUUUCUCACUGCACUUCAUUGAUAAAAUAGUGGGGACUAAUCUGUAAUGAAAGUAAUACAUAAAUAAAGUUAUUUUUGUACUUUGA